AUGAGAUUUGAUCAACAACAAAUACGUGAAUGUUCAAAAAGUGCAAAUAAUUCAUCUUCUAGCCUUUUAAAUAACGUCUUUCCUCAACAUUCUUCUUCAUCUUCCUCUUCUUCUACUAGACAAAAUAUUUCUGCAAAAUUUAAAAGAGCAUCUUCAGUUAGUGCUGUUGCCCCAACAACAAUUAAUAAUUGUAAAAAUGUAGAAUAUAUUAGUGUGGAUUUAUUUGGAUCUACAAUACAAUGUGUUGGAAAUAAUGGAGGAGGAGGUGGGGGUGGAGGAGGAAAUGUUGGAAAUAGAAAUGCUAGAAGUGUUACGGAUACUGGAACUGCACAAUUAAUAGAAGCAAUUCCUGGUCGGCGUCUGAUUGAUUGUUUGGGCCCAUUUUUGGAAAGACAUGGAAUACCUGUUGGGUGUGCCGAAUUCUUACUAGAAAAAUCAACGACACCAAUACCUGAAACUUCAGAUUCUUUCUUUCUUGCAGGACAUAAAAUUUUUGUUAGAGGUGCUUGA